AUGGGCCGCUACUCGGGCAAGACGUGCCGGCUGCUUUUCAUGCUGGUGCUCACCGUCGCCUUCUUCGUGGCGGAAUUGGUCUCCGGCUACCUGGGCAACUCCAUCGCGCUGCUCUCCGACUCCUUCAACAUGCUCUCCGACCUGAUCUCGCUGUGCGUGGGCCUGAGCGCCGGCUACAUCGCCCGGCGCCCCACCGGGGGCUUCAGCGCCACCUAUGGCUACGCCCGCGCCGAGGUGGUGGGCGCGCUGAGCAACGCCGUCUUCCUCACCGCGCUCUGCUUCACCAUCUUCGUGGAGGCCGUGCUGCGCCUGGCCCGGCCCGAGCGCGUGGAUGACCCCGAGCUGGUGCUCAUCGUCGGCGUCCUGGGGCUGUUGGUCAACGUGGUGGGGCUGCUCAUCUUCCAGGACUGCUCUGCCUGGUUCGCGUGCUGCCUCCGAGGACGCAGUCGCCGCCUGCAGCAGCGGCAGCAGCUGGCGGAGGGCUGCGCCCCCGGCGCUUUCGGGGGGCCUCAGGGCGCGGAGGACCCGCGGCGCCCUGCGGCCUCGACAGCCCCAGGCUCGGACUCGGCCGUAACCCUCCGGGGGACCUCAGUGGAAAGGAAGCGGGAGAAGGGGGCGACCGUGUUCUCAAACGUAGCAGGUGAUUCCUUCAACACCCAGAAUGAGCCAGAAGAGAUGAUGAAAAAAGAGAAAAAGUCUGAAGCUCUGAAUAUCAGAGGUGUACUUUUGCAUGUGAUGGGAGAUGCCCUGGGGUCCGUGGUUGUGGUCAUCACGGCCGUCAUAUUCUAUGUGCUUCCCCUGAAGAGCGAGGACCCGUGUAACUGGCAAUGUUACAUUGACCCCAGCCUGACUGUCCUCAUGGUCAUCAUCAUUUUGUCAUCUGCCUUCCCGCUCAUCAAGGAGACUGCUGCCAUUCUGCUACAGAUGGUCCCAAAAGGAGUCAACAUGGAAGAGCUGAUGAGUAAACUCUCUGCUGUGCCUGGAAUUAGCAGUGUACAUGAAGUGCACAUCUGGGAACUUGUAAGUGGAAAGAUUAUUGCCACCCUGCACAUCAAGUAUCCUAAGGACAGGGGAUAUCAAGAUGCCAGCACAAAAAUUCGAGAAAUCUUCCACGGUGCGGGAAUCCACAAUGUGACCAUCCAGUUUGAAAAUGUGGACUUGAAGGAACCCCUGGAGCAGAAGGACUUACUGUUGCUCUGCAACUCACCCUGCAUCUCCAAGGGCUGUGCUAAGCAGCUGUGUUGUCCCCCCCGGGCACUGCCUCUGGCCCACGUCAAUGGCUGUGCUGAGCACAAUGGUGGGCCCUGUCUAGACACAUAUGGAAGUGAUGGCCUCAGUAGAAGAGAUGCAAGAGAAGUGGCUAUUGAAGUGUCUUUGGAUGGCUGUCUGAGUGACCACGGACAAACUCUUAACAAAACUCAGGAGGACCAAUGUUAUGUCAACAGCACGCAUUUUUAAUCUGGUGCCCACAUAAUCAGACCGUAUAGACGAGGCACUUUGGAACCACCAGCUUGACUCACAAAAAGAGCUUUCUGGGUUGCAGGCUCAGACCAGACUUGGAGUGUGCAUGCUCUGUGUUCACUAGGGGUUGGCUGUUUGGAAUUUUAGUUAAACGUGUCUGUGAAUUUUUAUGUAACUAACUCCUUUCCAUUCCCCUGGGUGUCUCAUGCUGCUCUUUGACUGUUUCAGCUUGAACAUGCAUUUUCUAAAGCAAACUGCACUAGUGUAUAUAUCAGGGACAUUGAAGUCUGGGACUGAGGCUCAAUAGCUGCGGAUACAGUGUUCAAAGAAGUUCUUGUUUCUAAACUGAUUAGAACUUCUAGCUAAUGCUCAGGUGAGAUCAUAGCUUAAAUACAUUGAAAAAACUAAAGUACCACAAUAGCUGUAUUUUUCCCAAUCCCCUUAACGAUCAUAAAACAGGCAAGUUAAGUAUUUCUGGCACUGAAGAAAUAUCUUUUUUCUUUGAUUCAUUUUUGAAUAAAUAUAAAAUGAAUAACUAUUAAGGUAGAAAAUAUUCUCAGAACAUUCUAGAGGAGGUAAAGGUUAGUAGGAGGGCUUUGGCCAUCUCUACAUUUUGUGAGGUGAGAGAAAACUAAUGUUUGCUUUCUGCUGUGAACUGAACUGCAGCUAUAGAAUGUUUCAAAUGCUUAAAUAUAUAAUACAUUUUUUUCACAUGGAAGUGAGGGAAUAUUUCAGCUUCCUUAAGUAUGACACAAAUACUCAUAUACUGUCUUUUAGAGUCAGUAUAGUUGGAGCUGUUUUCAUUUAGUGCUUUGAUAAUGAUUUACUUAUUUUUCCAAAUUUCCUUUGACUUUUCUUUCAUACAAUUGCAUUGAUCUAUGCAGCAUUUACCAGAAAAGAGUAUUCCUGGGAUAGCAGAAUGCAUAACACUGAGUGUUAAUUCUUGUGAAAUAAAUAAGCUAGACUGCCUUCUCUUUAAUUAGACAUAUUUAAAGUAUUUAUUAUAGUUGUCAACUAGUAACUCAAUGGAAAAGUUGAUGUCCAAGGGAGAAAUGAGAAUUAGCUUAAUUGCUGCCUUUAAUGUGUUUUUGAGGAACUUAAAAUUUUCUUUCAUGUCUCUGAUCCAUAUUACCAAGUUCAAAUAAAAUUUUUAUAAUCGGAUUCAGACCCAUAACCAAACUA